UCUUAUGCGCAAAGGUGUUUAGGCUGCCAGUGAACAUAAGACAUGAAAAGGAGAAGCUCCAAACGUUUGAAAACAAAGCCAAAGAAUACUUCAGUAGCCACUCCUACAGUUUAUCGGAAUAACAGGAAACCAAAAGAAAUGGCGUCGACUCCUUCUGCCGGUAUCCACAAUCUGCCGUACGACGUAAUGUUUUCCAUCUUUUGCUACUUGCCGAUCCCCGACUUGGCACACUGUGCUGCCGUGAGCAAGCAGUGGCACGAAAUCGUGUCGGGCUUUACUCACCUGUGGAAGGGCAAGAGGUACGUCAGCAACAGAAGUCCAAAGGAAUCCUUCGAGACAUCCGCCAUCUUGCGCGCCCUGCCGCUAUUGCAGGAAGUCAUCGUCAAGGCGGCAGCCGAGUUUGUUAUCGACAUUUUCUACCCCCGCCUGGUCCUGUUAGUGACGGACAUUUCUGACAUAGCAUCUGCAGAGGACGGUCAUAGACUGAGGUGCACGUAUUUGUCGACUAAACUCGACAUAGCAGAAAGCAUCUUCUCUUCUCGUUCGAUUAUAGAUUUUGCAGCUCUCCAGAAAUUGCGGAUCUUCAAAGCGAUACCGACACUAGACGCUUUUGCCCGAAAACGUGACCGGGAAGUGUGUUGCUGCGCCUCGUCCAGCUCUAGUGCGGAUUACGCAGUCGGCACGGCCCUCGAGCUGUGCCCGAAUCUCACAGACCUGUGCGUCUAUGCAGAGUUCUUGUCGGCAGACUAUCUGGACGCGUCGGAGGGGAUCGGCCGGUUGCGGACGCUGGAAAUAGAGUGCCCCGGCCUAGAAGAACUGGCGUUUUUGAGGCACUGCUCGGAUACGCUGGAGGAACUGGAAUUGAAAGGUUGUGCCGACCUGCCGUCGGCCGCGUACGCGAAUCUCCGGCACCUGGGGAACCUGCAGAGGCUGCGGUUGCGAGACUGUUGCGUGGCGGGAGGCGACGUGGAGGUGGCCGCGACGGGUCUGAAGUCCCUCGUGUCGUUGCAGCUGGAGUGCUGCGACCUCAUCUCGGACGUGUCCUUCCUGCGGCACUGCGGCCGGUUGCGGGAGCUCCGCGUCGAGGCCUCGCCGCCGGACACGCUGCUGACGGGCCUGCGGCACCUGCCCGCCGGCGUCCGCUCGCUCUACCUGGCCGGCAGUGCCGCGAACGCGUACGAGCUGGCCGUAGUUCUGCCGCGUCUGCCGCUGCUCGAGGAGCUGGACCUCGUAGGUAGCGAUCUGCCGCACCUGGGCUUCCUGCGCCACUGCCCGCAACUGCGUCGUCUCUGCCUGGAGUUCUCGCACUGGCCCGGCACGUCGGAGCUGUCGAAUCUACGUCACCUGACGAGACUCGAGGCCCUGGACCUGACGAGGUGCCAGGUCGACGCGGACGUCCUCUCCGGUGUGAUGCCGUCACUGUCGCGACUGGAGACGCUGUCGCUGUCCCACACGGAGGACGUCGCCCACUUGGCGUUCCUCCGGCACUGCACCCAGCUUCGCACUUUGUCACUGUUCUACACGUUCGGAAUGGACUUGGAUGCCUAUUGUGAACUGUCCCAUCUGGCUAACUUGCAGACUGUGCACAUCAGUGAACACGUGGUUGACUUUGUCCAUCAGAGUGAUAUGUCCACAGUUUUGUGA